CGACAAGGCUGCGACCUGGAGAAGCAGCCCAUUACAAUUUUCACUCACCACAGCACCAGCUGUGAAGUAAUUCUUCACCAUGUCCUCCGAAUCCAGACUCUACACCUUCAGUCAAGAGACCAAAGACCACCUUCGAAAGUUCCGGCUUGGGACCUCUCGUGCCAAUGAUCCCCAAGCAGUGAUCUAUAUGAUCGAUAAACACACGCUGGAGAUCAAGCAGGAUGAAGAGAAGACGGUAUACAAGAACCUGGAGGAGAUAGGAGAUGAUCUGCCUGACCACUCGCCGAGAUUUGUCCUGUUAAGCUAUCCAAUGACCUUGCCUUCUGGACGAUUAUCAGUGCCUUAUGUGUUGCUAUACUACCUUCCAGUCACUUGCAAUGCCGAGCUGAGGAUGUUGUAUGCUGGUGCGAAGGAGUUGAUGAGGAAUACGGCUGAGGUGGGGAAGGUUAUCGAGAUUGAUUCUGCGGAUGACUUAGAGGACUUGCCCGAGAAGUUAGGUGCUGCGUAGGCUCCAAAUACGAAUUCAACGGCUGCCUCGAGCGCCUUGAUCUUCUAUGCCCAGGUGGGUCUGAAACAAACAUUUUGAUGGCUGUCAUCAUCGACUUUCAGCAAGUGCUAGGCCCCCUUUCAUAUUACAUUCUCUGUUCCGCAGCUUCAGCACUCGUUUCAACGAAAUCUACUUUUAACAGUAUCCAAUUCACUAGAAGUCAUGGUCUGCUUCUGGGGUUCUGUCAUGAACGCAGCUAUUGAAUCAAGAUGCAAGCUAGAUCUUGGGCUACGCCACAGCUUCGAAUAGUCUGCUUGACUGCCACAUGAACGAGCCUCAAAUUGGCAAUUCUGCCAUGAACC